AUGGCUGAAGUUGAUUACUGUGAAUUCGGUGCCAGUGUUAAAAAGUGUAAAGCUUGGUUAGAAGAUGAAAAUGAAGAAUUAUACAAUAAAUUAUACUCCGAAGAUGCUUUAGUAAAUGCAACUUCAACACUUUCAUUAGAAAAACAAGAAAAAUUAGAUAAAGAAUUACAAAAAAAACAAGCUAAAGAAGAAGCUAAACAAGAAAGAGAAUUACAAAAAAAAUUAUCAUCAAAAGUUGUAUUGAAAAGAAUUGAAAGAACAAAGAGAAAACAUGCAAUUCAAGUAUCUGGUUUAGAAAUUUUUGAAAUUGAUAUGAAAAAAUUAGCUAAAACAUUUGCUUCAAAAUUCGCCACUGGUUGUUCUGUCACAAAAACUGUUGAGAAAAAGGAAGAAAUCAUUGUUCAAGGUGAUGUUGGUGAUGAAGUUGAAAGAUAUAUUACUGGAUUAUUAAAAGAAAAAGGUUUAACUGAUAUUAAAGUUGAACAAAUUGAAGAGAAGAAAAAGAAAAAAGCACCACCUGCAAUCCCACCUCAAUAG